UGAAGCGGUUGUUUUGAAGGAUGUACACUGUUUGAAGUAAACAAUGAGUACGGGAGACUUAUUGAACAACGCACGAAAGCUCGUUCGCCAUCUUAGGCAAGUGAACUAUCGAGAUGAAGUGGACACUGAGAGUUUGUCGCUUGGCAAUCCGUCUGCCUUUCUGGGCAUACUUCAUCACAUUCUUCUGCAGUUCUCCUUGCCGCUUUCUAACUACCUGUGUUCUCAAGGCUUCGAGCUGUUUGCAAAGAGUGACAUGAGGUUCAUGCAAGAAGCUUACAAGGUUUUUCGCAAUGAGCUCAAGUAUCAGCCGCGGCUCACUGUUGCUCAAUUUUUGAACGAUGGGUUUGCAGAGCGGAAAAUCAUGAUGAUGUGUGACGUCAUACAGUUGUGCCUUGAAAAGAACUAUGAGCUGAUGCGAAAACCACUGAGAGUUUUGGAUAGGAAUGCACGCUCACUUUGUUCCUGGGAUCAGGUUUAUGGUCAUAGCAACACUGGACACGAUCAUCUUCUAAAACAUUCAGAUGGUGAAGCAAGGAGUAUGAAGAAGACUUAUCGAUGGUCUUCUGUGAAGUCAGUGAGACCAACGAGAAUGAAUGGAGAGGAGAAGGGUAGUGGUAUAAAGGAACCGGCUACGGCAUCUCAUCUGCUUUUUCCUGCUAGCACAUCAUCUGUGGAUUAUUGCAAUGACGAUUCGACAAUUCCUUCUUGCUCUGUACAACGACAUUACAGUAAACGAGCUGGUGCCUUACCUAGCAAUGAUAAUGAAGAAAACACGGAAAGUUUGAAUAGUAAUGAGACUGUAAUGAAUUAUCUUAGAUUACAAGAGUUGGAACCUCAAAGUCAAACUGUCGAAGCAAGUGAACAUUUUCUGUCUCGUGCAGUCUCUACUUCUGUCUCUGAGAGCUCUGCGUCUUUUGGUAAUGUGAGGAGAUGUCAUUCUUCUUCCCUUGAGAGUGACCAUGAUCAUUUGAGGCAAAGUGACAAAUCUUCAGUGUUGAAUCAUUGCCCUAUGCUCAAACCGCCACCGCCACCAGAUACGAUGAGCGGUGUGUUUGCUUACAAGAAAUGUAGAGGUCAAAUGCAAGGCACAACAAACGAAUGCUGUCAAGAUGAUCAGCUAACCCCUUGUUACCAUUCUUCAUCUGCCUCAGCUAUACAUGUACUUAUGAGACUUAAAGGACAACAUUUGACAAGAGGAGAAGACGUUGAAAACAAGAUAUCGGUUACUACACAGGGAACUCAAACAGACUUUUUUGGUGAAACCGAAGAUGAGCAGCUUGCCAAUACGAAGGUCAAUAAUCUUGCUCAAAGACUGCUGACACUUGAAGCGAGAUUGACAUUGACUGAGACCAGACUGAACUUGCUGGAGACAAGACAAGAUGAAGCUACGUAGAUUGUAGUUGACUUAGUAGGGUAUUGCUCCUAACUGUUGGUACACUGUUAUGUUUGCUCUUACAAACUGUAGCAGAGUUGUUUCAACAGCAGAAAUAUUAGACUCAUACUCA